AGUCCGGCUGAUCUUUGCUGGCAAACUGUAAUAACAGGAGAGCAACCGCUGACUUCAUAGAAGAAGAAAACGCCUGCAGCCGACAAUCACAGCGUGCAGCAUUAGGAAUCCAGCAAUGUUCCAGUCAUUCUCUGGUAUUCAAGUGGCCCCUGCAACUAAUGUAGCAAGCCAGCAGAACCAGUGGGCCCCGGGGCCCUCGUUCUCCACCUGUCCCUACUCCUACCACACCAACCCGAACCCGGGCCCCUACCACAGCAAUCAGCCUUCAACCUGUCCUUGGACACAAUGGAAGGUCCAAAGUCAUCUGGAGAACUCCAAGUACCACCUCCACCAGACCCAGGCCCAGCAGGUCAAACAAUACCUAACUUUGGGCAGCAAACUUGCUAGCCAGGCCCACCCGGUCGCCCAUCCUCACCCGGGCCAGGCCCUGGGCACGGUGCCCGUCAUGCGCAACGGACACAUGCCACCCAUGAGCGACAGCAGCACGCCAGGAAGCCCCGUCACCUUGCUCACGCUGGCCAACAAUCACGACAGCGAGUUUCCAAUGGAUGAAGUUAUUGAUGAUCUUAUUAGUCUUGAAACCGGGUUCAAAGAUGGGGGUUUGGAUUGUAUGGAGCCGGGAAUCAUAAUGCAAAAUAAUGUGUCACUGAACAACAGCAUGCUGGAGAUGUACGGCGGUGAACAAGAACACGACACCAGAGUCACGGCCAAAGAAAGACAGAAAAAAGACAACCACAAUCUAAUUGAAAGACGACGGCGAUACAACAUCAACUACAGGAUCAAAGAGCUGGGAACGCUGAUACCGAAAUCAAAUGACCCUGAUAUGCGCUGGAACAAAGGGACGAUCCUCAAGGCCUCGGUGGAAUACAUUAAGUGGCUGCAGAAAGAGCAGCAGCACGCCCGUGAUCUCGAGAGCCGACAGAAGAAACUAGAACAGGCCAACAGAAGACUCCAGCUACGAAUCCAGGAGUUGGAAAUCCAGGCUCGUGCUCACGGUCUGCCCAGUAUGGCUGCUCCAAUGGGAGCAGUUGAACUUUCAUCCCAUCUCCUGAAGCAGCACCCGACCCCCCCGCAGCCAGGACAGCCCCCCCUCUACCCUCAGGAGGACAUGAGCAGCCCGGACUACACCCAGCGGACACCCUUACCGGCGGCCAUGGUCGUGGGGAACGGCGGAGAACAGACCGACGGCUCCACCACCUUCUCAGAUCCUCUCUCCCACUUCACUGACUUCUUCUGCAGCACCUUGAAAGAAGAGCAUCGGCUGGACGAGAUCCUGAUGGACGACCCCCUCUCGCCCUUCGGGACCGACCCACUCCUCUCCGCCGGAUCGCCCGCGGCGUCUAAAGGGAGCAGUCGCAGGAGCAGCUUCAGCUCAGAGGAAGCAGACGAUCUCUGACCGUCCCGACGCCGACCUGCAACACUGUGUAACUGACCUCCCGUUUCCAUUGGAUUACAAAGACGACGGGAACUCAUCCCAACAUCUUACCCAAUGUUGAGUCAGACACAUCAAAAAAGGGAGAUUGACUGAUCUACUGACAUUGACAUACUGUGCAGAUAAAGGACUGUCUGUACAGCAAUAACACUGGUUACAAGUGAUCACUGGAUUACCAAAUGUAUAUGUCUGACACUUAAUGGCAUUGUUGAGAUGGACCAGACUAAAGAGAGAAAUCUUUUUGUGCCUUAUCCAAAGCAAGCUAACUUUAUUACCGCUGAGACCAGAAGCGAUGCAGAUGUAAUUAUGCUAGGCAGGAAAACCCUAACACAUCUUUCUGUAUCGUACUACAUAAUGUAUUUUUCCAGAAACAUACUGUUCAAGUAUUUAUGUUUUAAUCCCUGUAUUCUUAAAAAACAUUUCUUAUUCUAACAUUCUUUUACUUUUUAUAUAUAACUCUAGGGGUGUGGGAAAACACAAUAAACCCCUUUUUGAUAAACUCAA